UUACUGUUAUGAUUCUGUCUCUGUCUGCCUGUUCUUGGCCCAGUUCUUGCUCCUGUCUGCCUUGCCCUGCUCAUUGCCUCUGCCCCUCCCGUCACAGAAACCCUAAUCAACUGAUUCAUGUCACCUGUUCCUGCCAGUAUAUAUCCCAGUUCCAGCCUCCAGCCCAUUGCCAGAUUUUUAUCAGCUCGUCUAUGAUCUUCCAGCGUUCUUGUUCCUUGUCCUGCUCUUGCCUCAUGUCCCCGACCCUGCUCAUGUCUCCUGGUUUAACGUCUCCUGCCUCAGCCCUUGUCGGAUCCUGCCUGUCAUCUGCUCUCACGGUAACGACCUUGUUUCUGUCUCUUGGAUUAUUGCCUCUCGCCUUUCCCCUGCACGAUACCUCGCCACAUCGGACUUCCUGGAUCUCGACCACGGAACGCAUCUCUGGACCAACGGCUCAGCCUGCCCCCUCAAACCUGGUAACAAUCUCUGACCACCCGUGUAUGACCCUGGAUUUGUUGUUGACAUUGAGUAAACCCCACAGCAGCAAUACCUCCACUUACAACACCACCCGGAACCAAAACACCGUGGCUGUUGUUUCAACCCGGACCCAGUCCCUCCUGAGAAGGUUGGUGUAUUAUAUUAUUUUGUUUAAUAAUAUAAUCUUGUUGUGCCAACCUAACUUCCCAUCUCUGUGUGCAGACCUGCUGCUGCCGGAAUCCCAUUCUCGACCUCCAAUUGCAAAUUCUAACAAUAAACUUGUUAAACCUUUAUCUGUGUUCGGAACUAAUUCAGAGCUCACUCACCCGAUCAUAACAAU